GUGAGGUUACACUUGAGUUGGGGCGUUGGGCUAAUAGCCUAAUACAAACAACUCUGCAGCUUCGGAAAUCGGAAGUUGCGGCGGUUGUACAGUGUUCGAUGUCGGACCCCUACGAGAGAGCCAAAGGAGGGAGGCUGGCCUUCAAGGGAGGCGACCUCGCAGUCCGAAGCAAAUCCAUCGACAAAAAGAAGAAGAAAAAGAAGAAGUCAUCCGCCGACGACUUCGUUUCCGACGAGCCCUUGUCCGGCGACGCUGCCGUUGCCGCCUCGGAAAUGGGCUCGGCUUCAGCUCCUGAUGGAGGAGAUAACAGUAUUUACACCAUCGACGCCGCGAAGAAGAUGAAGUACGACGAGUUGUUCCCAGUUGAAGCUAAGAAGUUCGGCUACGACCCCAAGGCUAAAGCCAAUUCCGUCGAACAAGCCCUUGAUGAUCGGGUCAAGAAGAAAGCUGAUCGCUACUGUAAAUAAAAUGUCACAUUCUUAGGUAGGUGAUGGAGGAAAGCUUAAGGAUCCGGGGUUUUGUAUUCCUGCUUUAAUGUGCAAACCCUCUUAUGGAAAUGUUAAUGAGCUGAAUAGAAUAGAGUUAAAGCAAGCUGCAGAUCGUAGAAUACACUUCACUUGCAUGUAAACUGUGACAUCUUACCGGAAUUGCCUUGUUGCCAAAUUUCAACAGUUCCAUAGUAUUGGGCUAUUGGCAGACAAUGGAUGUUUCAAACACAAUUUCAGUGGCUUUAGUAUCAUCUCUUUUAUGUCAUUGAUCAUUAGUUAAAUUUCA